AUGGAGGGCAACGGGAAGAUAACACCUACGAGGCUCCCUCCGGCGGAUUCGGAGCGGGAUGCCGGGCAGAACGCGCCCUUCAACCAGCCUGGAGGUGCCGCUGCUGCACCAAUGCCGAUGGGCGACGGUGUAUCCUCAUCGGAGUCAAAUGGCGAGGCUAUGCGUCUUCCAGAUACCGAGCAAAGCGCAGGUCCAGGCCCUGAAAACAAGCCCUUUCCCAUGUGCCUGCCACCCAUGGCCGGAGACGCUGGGCCGAAAUCGGACGCGCCCGCUGCCGACACUCCUAAAGCGCCGCCGUCGGCGAAAGCAGCAACGGGCGGGCCACCGGGGGACUCCGCCAUGCCGGAGCCGUUGCUGCCCGACCAGAUGCCACCGGGCAUGAUGGGAAUGCCCGGCAUGCCGGGGUUCUUCCCGUUUCCGCCGGUACCGAUGCCGGGGAUGCCAGGGUUCGAGGGGCAGGGGGAUAAGAAUUCGACGAUUGGCGGCCCAAAGAUGCCGCCGUUCGGUGGCUGGAUGAUGGACGGCAUGAUGUCGAUGGGAAUGAUGCAGAACACGACCAACUCGAUCGAUGGGAGCCUCAUGCCGGCUAUGCCCUACGCGCCCGGAACCAGCGGGAUGAAGGCGAGCGAUGGGUCGGCGAUGCCGAUGAUGUUUUUCCCGCCCAUGAUGAUGGAGGGGCUCCCUGACUUCGCGAAGGACCCCAGCGGGAAGAGGCUACCGCCGAUGAACAUGAUGAUGCCAAUGAUGCCCAUGAUGGACGAGAAAACGGCACUUCAGAGCCUGAGCAAGUUGGCGCCGCCGCAGAAGACGUCGCUGCAGAAGAAGGCCUCGGAGCUGGAUAGCAUGAAGUCCAUCCUGACGUCAGUGCAGAUCCGCGAGACGUGCCAGCUGAAAGCCUGGCGCAGAAAGCUGCACAAAGGCCGCGCGCAAAUGAAGUUGGAUGUUGAAGCCGCAAUGACUCCCAGCCGGCGCGGAUCUGAACUAUCCCAAGAGGUGAAGCCCGUCGUCGAGGUCGCCCCGCACGACGCUGAGCCUGCAGAAAUUCAGGUGAAGGCCGUACCAACGCGCCAAUACGGCAGCAUGGAUAUGUGUUGGCAGCACAAUCGUUACCGAAGUGCCGACGCCCUGACGGAGGAGGACAUGCGUAGCAUGCGGCUUUUCGAGACCGCUGCGCAGGACGGUGAGCUGCUAACCAUACGCGAUGCGCUCAAGCGACUUGAUGGAAUGGAAUCCAACUGCUACCCCUACAUGUUCAUGGACGAGUUGAGGUUGCCGGUGAGGAAGGGAAGGGCGAGCUUCCGUGUAUGGGAUGACGACGAUAACGACCUCUCACACGGGGACGACCCAAGCGGCGUCACACUGCCGGGGGUUAGAUCCGUCACACCGCAUGCGGACUGGAUACCGGCGGCUGAGACGCCGAAAAAGUCUGCUAAUCGUGUUUCGUCGCCUGAGCAGCAAGAACGACUGCAGCAGCAGGUGGAUGAGAGUGCGGCCACUCCCCAAGCGGUUGAUCCAGCGGCGGCCGAUGUAGCCGGCAUGGGCGCUACUGGCGAUGGAGCAGUGUCUGAACCAAACGCUGGUAACAACGACUUGGAGCUGGAUUUGUCCGACUUUGAACGCGGUUCUAACGCGAGCUUCGAUCUCGACUUUGAGGAUGCGGAGGUUAGUGCCCCAGUUGAAACACCCGUACCACGUACUGCCGAACCCGGUGUUGGACAGUCACACGCUGACGUGCGUCUCGGCUCUUUUGACGAGUUGGAUAAUGAGCUGCUGGAUGGUAUGUCCGAAGCCUCCAAAAGUAGCCUGGGAGCGCUUGGAGAUAUGGAUCUCGACGACGAAUUCGAGUUCGAUGCGGCUGACGAUGGCGUUGCGCCGCCACCUGCACCCCCUACGUACCCGCUCAAAGCGUCAGGCGUGCCCGAUACCAGCGCCGCUGUGGAUGUCUCUUACACGGACGACUCCGACCUGUUCGCGGAGGUACCCGGAACGUUGAGCCACUACCGUGCGAAAAUAUGCAAGUUGAUGAACCCUGGUGACAUAAUACACGAAUGGAGGGGGUUCAAGAGUAGGCUGAACGGGCCUUUGCUGCUAGCGGAUCUGGUGGAAUUCGAGCACCUGUGGAAGGUGUUCCAGGAUAGGCGCGUGGAGGACCUGUGCCAGGUCCUUGGCCGCAGCGUCAACACGAACGCUGCAGAGCAAUAUCCGGAGCAGAAGGGCGAGCUUUUAUACCGAGUGGGUCAGGCGCACAUGAAGCUGCUGCUCUCCUACGACUCCCCCGAGGUACAAACUUUGGUGCAUUCGUCCAUCUACAACCUGAACGCGCCCAAUGUCAUAUACACGGCAGUGCCGGAUGAGGAGGACAUAACUCCUAAUGAUGCGGAAUCGGUACAUCAGGAUGCACCAGAGGAAGUCGCUACCAAGGAGGAAGAGGAGGAGACGCCUGCCGCAGCUGACGAAGAGACAUCGAAAGAUGAUGCGGCAUUGCUGAGCAAGGAGAACGAGCUCCGCCGUACAUGGCGGCGGCGCCUGCAAACCCUGAACAAAGAGACGAGGCUUGCGCUCGUCAACAUGGGUAAGAGCCUGCGCGACAUCGAGAACGUGUCGUCGAACGUGGAGCAGAGCCGUGCCUACGAUGCGGUCGUGGAGUUCUGCGAGGUUGCGGAGCAAUUCCGGCACAGGGACUACCUGAACAUGCUGAACCAGUCGUUCGACGACUACUACGAGAAGGCGAACCCGCACGAAUCCGGAAAGGACAGCGCGGGCUCAAACCUUCGCGAGCUGCUGCACACGCGUAUUGCGAAGAACCUAACUGGAAUAUUGCCCUUGGGCGGCAAGGUGGCCAAGUACCACAACGUGCGCUUCCACAAACCGGACUUUCGCGCUGGGUUGUUCUCGGAGCAUACGCGCGUGCAGCGUGGCAACUACAGCAUCGAGUGGUCGUCGUGGCCCGUGCGGCCCUUGCUGCGCAGCAACCUGGCUGCCAGCUACACGGAGGAAUCGGGCGGGUCUGACGACGUAAGGAGCCACCCUUCCAACUACUUCCUGCACUCGAAUGACCUGCGUCUCAACGACGAUUGCAAGAUCGCGUUGCUGGAGUACGUCGAGCAGACGCCGCUGCUCCUGCCCAACUGCGGGAUGGCCUCGCGUGUCGACAACUACGUGAACUACAAGGAGGACGACGAUCAUAAGGAUGUGGCGUUCCUGGGGCCGCUGGGUACACUGUGCCAGGGUAGUGACGGCAUCGAAAUGUUCGGAGUGAAGCAUAUGGUGGCGCCGGGAGACGGGCAGGCUAUGCUAGAAAGCACGUUGUACAAGGCGCCCAUAUUCGUACACCCACGUCCGGCUUCGGAGUGGCACAAUAAGCUGAACAUCACCACCACCGACUUCUUGCUGACACGUUCGCGGUCGAACAGCGAGGUGGUCAUCCACCUGCGGCCCCUGACCUGGCAGAGCGGCGUCGCCGUGUACACGGUUGGUCAGUGUGAGCCCAAAGUGGACAUGCAUCCGCCGUCCUCGAAGGGCUUUAUGGAGGCUACUAAUGACCUCUUGAAGGCGUGGGUGCUCAAAUCUGUCAUGGCGGGUGCUAUUUUGGAUGUGAAGCACCUCCGGAAGGAGGCACGCAGGAAGUUCGGGUCGCUGCUGACUGAGAAGGAGAUCGCUCAUAUCCUCAAACAGGUUGAGAGCACGCCCAUCUUCAGUUUACGCGCCCAGGCGCUCGAGCGGAUGAUCCACUCCACGAUCAAGCCAGAAACGGUUUGUGCUUUGGAAAGCGUUCGUGCCGGCAGAACACGGUUGGCCACCGUGGGCAUCCUUCACCUGAAGAACCCGGAUAAUAUCGCCGCGGUGUUGGCAAAGGUGCAGGACGAGGAGCGGCAGUAUCAGCAGCGGAUGCAGUCAAUGGACCGGCGUUUGCGCGAUCUCAAGAACAGCUACGCCAAGCGUCUGGAGGCGCACGGCAUCACGGGAGAGAAGCAGGAGAAUGAAUUGGGGCAAUUCGAGUUCGGCCUUCACGUUUCGUUGUACGGACACCUGGAGGAGAGGACCUUGGCGCCCAAGAUACGCUUCAUAAAGGACAUGCUGGAUUUGACCCCGUGGAACAUCUCGCGUGAUGUCAAGCAGGUGUUGAAUAACCGGGGAGCCUCACAGUUUUCCUUGUACGGUAUCGGUGACCCCAGCGGUGGCAGGGGAGAGGGCAUCAACCUCCUGAAACGUCAGGCGCACGUUAACGUGGAUCCCACAUACGCGGGUGAAGAUCUGCGCAAACUGUCUAUGCUAGAACUUGCCAAGCGGUUGCGCUGCUACGGUGUGGCUGAGGCGGUGAUAAAGACGCUGCCACGUUGGGACCAGGUGGCGCUCGUUCGGCAGUACCGCGACGGCUUUGGCGGGCAGGGCUCCGCCGAGGGUGACCACCGCUGGCGUAUCCCACCCGAGGAGUACCAGAAGAAGCUCAACGAAAUACUGGUGCGCCAGAGGACUGCGCUGGCGUCGGACGAACCCGUAGUGGACGACGGAGAGACCCCGCGCGAUAAUGAGCCCGAGCCCGCCACCGACGGCAUAGCUGAUGCUCUGAUGGAGGCGUUCGACGAGGUGUCCGACAAGGACGACGACCUCGAGCGCCGUGAGCUUGACAUUCUACGCCAACUGCGCGAGGCUCAGAGCGCCGGCCCGCUGAGCGAAGAGGAGCGCAUGGCAGAAGUCAACAAGCUGAAGGCUGUACCAGGUAUCAUGUGGCUGCGGCAAAGCCGCCGAACGCACACCGAACCCUUCGGCAACGAAAGGGCCGUGUUUGUAUACGGUGAGGAGAACGUUCGCAAGCUGCUACGCUGGCGUAUGCGGUGUGGGUCGACGCGCAAAACCUGCAGCACGCCUGACGCCGCUGCGGCUGCCGCCGCCAGCAAGCGCAUAUGCAGGGUAUGCGGCAACGUCGGGCACAUCUCUUCUAACCCCAAGUGCCCCAUGUUCAAGGGCGAAAGGGGUAGGAGCGGUGAAUACAUGGGAGGGCGCGUCGGAGGGUCCGUGGGCGCGCGCAAGCAGUCGCGCUACAGCGACUCUAGUGACGCAGAAAUCACCGCCAGCGUGGCUGCGUUGGAAUGUGACACCACGGAGUGGCUUAAGCGCAACCAGGAACUGCGGCAGAAGCGGCGCCUGACCUACCAGGCGUCGGUCGACGAUUCCGACGACGGCAUGGAUUCCGUAGACGAGGGUUCGCUGGUCAACGCGAGGAGGAAGCAGAUGCGCCCCAACAUCGAGGUCGGCAGCGUGCCCGUCACGGCGCUCAGCAGCCAGAUGGAACAGGUGAUGAAGCUCGUCUCGAAGGCGAUCCGCAUAGUGGAGAAGGAGCCGCGCUUCAAGCCGUUCACCAGCAGGAUCCCGGAGAGCGUCGCGCCCAACUACUACAAGAUAAUCAAGCAUCCGAUGUGGCUGACGCUGUUGAAGUCCAAGUGCAAGACGCGCUGCUACGCGGACCUCGUGCAGGUGCUCGACGACCUCGCUCUAAUCGAGCUGAACUGCAAGCAGUUCAACUCCGAGACAUCCCCCAACGCCUGGCUGCGCAAGAUGAGCGAGACCCUCGUCGACGAGCUGCUGCUGCGCAUUCAGCAGCUGACGAGCCACGUGGUGUCUCCUAGCGUAAUUGAGGAGUGGGCGCGCGAGCAUCGGGCGAACCGCAUCGUUGCCGCGCCCGCGCCGCAGGCCGACGCCCCGCCUACCGCGACACCUCAGGUGGAAAUAAUCUAA